AUUCCGAAAUGUAAUCAACAACGAAUUCACCGCCUGGUUGAGGAGACGAUUUUGGAUACGGACGAGCGCUUCAUCACGCUGCGGCACGUCCCGCUCGGCAUGGGCGUGGUCAUCAUCCUGUGGAACUUCCCGAUAUUGCUCGCGGCCAUCAAGCUGUCGUCGGCGCUGCUGACGGGCAACAGGUUCAUCUGGAAGCCGUCGCCGCACUCGCCCAACACGGCGCUCAAGGUCGGCGAGCUGGCCGCGCGCGUGCUCCCGCCGGGCGUCUUCAACGUGCUCAGCGGCACCGAGGACCUCGGCCCCUGGCUGACCGCCCACCCGGGCAUCGCCAAUGUCGGCUUCACCGGCUCCGUGGCCAUAGGCAAGAGGGUCAUGCAAGCGUGCGGCGCCACGCUCGAGCGCGUGACGCUCGAGCUCGGCGGCAACGAUGCGGCCAUCGUGCGCGAGGAUGUUGAUAUUGCUGAUAUGGUGCCGAAGGUGUAUCGUGACGAUGGCGUUUAUACUCACGGGACAAGUCUGCUUCGCCAUCGAGCGCUGUACGUGUACGAGAAGAUCUACGACGUGUUCCUGGCGGCGCUGGCGGUGUUUGUGCAAACCCUCAAAACAAGGGGCGCGGGCGACGCCGAGGCCGUCCUCGGGCCCAUCCAGAACAGCAUGCAGUACGGCAAGCUCCGAGAGCUGUACGCGCAGGUGCAGCGGGACGGGUGGAAGACGGCCACUCCGUCGUCGACUAGUCCGCCGUCUAAUUAUGGCGGCUUCUUCCUCGAGCCGACCGUCGUCGACAGCCCGCCCGAGGACUCGCGGCUCGUCCAGGAGGAGCAAUUCGGGCCCAUCCUUCCGGUGCUGAAAUGGGCCGAUGAGGACGACGUCGGCCCGCCCGUCGGCUUCGGCGGCCACAAGCACAGUGGCCUCGGCGUCGAGUCAGGCCUCGACGGGCUGAAGUGGUGGUGCAACCCCCAGGCGGUCUGGAUCAAGAACUGA